AUGUCUGGAAACUGCUGUUCUAGGAAAUGCCCAUCUGUGCCAGGCAUCUCUCUCUGCUCCAGUGAGGUGAGCUGCGGAGGGCCUGUCUGCUUGCCCAGUUCCUGCCGGAGCCAGACAUGGCAACUGGUGACCUGCCAAGAUAGCUGUGGGUCAUCUAGCUGUGGCCCACAGUGCUGUCAGCCUGUCUGUUCUGUGAGCAGCUGUGCCCAGCCUGUGUGCUGUGAGGCCACCAUCUGUGAGCCCCCCUGUGUUGUGAGUAGCUGUGCCCAGCCUGUGUGCUGUGAGGCCACCAUUUGUGAGCCUUCCUGUCCUGUGAGCAGCUGUGCCCAGCCUGUGUGCUGUGAGGCCACCGUCUGUGAGCCCACCUGUUCUGUGAGUAGCUGUGCCCAGCCUGUGUGCUGUGAGGCCACCAUCUGUGAGCCCGCCUGUUCUGUGAGUAGCUGUGCCCAGCCUGUGUGCUAUGAGGCCACCAUCUGUGAGCCCGCCUGUGCCCAGCCUGUGUGCUGUGAGGCCACCAUUUGUGAGCCUUCCUGUCCUGUGAGCAGCUGUGCCCAGCCUGUGUGCUGUGAGGCCCAUUCCUGCCAGCCGGUCCUCUGUGUACCCACUCCCUGCCAGUCCAUCAUCUGUGAGCCCAGCUGCUGCCAGCCAGUCAUCUGUGAGCCCAGCUGCUGUUCAGCUGUCUGCACUGUGCCUAGUUCCUGCCAACCAGUGGUCUGUGAGCCUGUCUGUCAGCCGGUGUGCCCCACGCCUAGCUGCUGUCCAUCUGUCUGCUCUGUGGCUAAUAGCUGUCAGGCUAUCUGCUGUGACUCCAGUCCUUGUGAGCCAUCUUGCUCAGAGCCCAGCAACUGCCAGCCAGCUCGCUGUGUGGCCCUGGUCUGUGAGCCUGUGUGCCUCCGCCCUGUCUGCUGUGUCCCAAGCCCUUGUGAGCCGCCUUGUGUCUCAAGCACUUGCCAAGAGCCCUCUUGUGUCUCCAGCAUCUGCCAACCCAUCUGCUCUGAACCCAACCCCUGCUCAGCAAGUAUCUGUGCACCUACUCCAUGCCAACCUACUUGCUACGUAGUCAAGCGCUGUCGGUCUGUCUGCUGUGAGCCCGUUUCCUGCCCAUCUACCUCCUGCCAACCUCUCUGCUGCCGCCCAGGGUCUUCUGCAUCUGCUAUCUGCCAGCCAACUUGCUCUAGGACUUUCUACAUACCCAGCUCCUGCAAACAGCCUUGCUCUCCUUCGGUUCCUUACCGCCCAAUCUGUCGUCCAAUCUGUCGCCCAAUCUGCUCUGGACACAUUACUUACAGGCAGCCAUAUGUGACAUCCAUCUCCUAUCGCCCUGCCUGCUACCGCCCAUGCCACUCCAUCCUGCGCCGACCAGCCUGUGUCACUUCACUGUCUUACCGUCCGGUCUGCUCCCGCCUGCCUUGUGCUGACUCCUGUAAACGAGAUUGCAAAAAGUCCACUUCCAGCCAACCAGAUUGCACUGACUCAACGACCUGCAAGGCUGAGGUCUCAGAUUCCAGUCCCUGCCAGCCCACUGAGGCCAAACCCACCAGCCCAACCACCCGUGAGGCUGAAGCCACCCCGCCUACUGCCACCAAGCCUGCCGACCACUGAUCUGGCCUCAGCCCACCAAUUCCUGCAAAGCAAACCUCCAGCUGGAGAGAAACCUCGACUGCCCUCCCCAAAGCUCACAACGACUUAGAAUCUUUCUUCACCAUCACUCACCAUCUUCUUACACUUCAAAAAACUCACCAGAAAUUUCAGUAUCCUAAUGGUCCAAAUGCAGGCCCCCUGGGCACUGAGAGGGGGAUCAUCCUGAGCUCCUGCCUGCUGCUGCCAUCAAGCUGAGAAGAGCUGCUUCGCCACGUCAUCUGGAGUCUCUUCCCCAGCGUUAGGUUUUUUUCUGUCCUCAUGCCUGUGUUACCUUGCUGGGUGUGCUCAUGUUCCUUGGGGACAUCUUCCAUGAGAAAAAGAUAUUUCACUGUCCAAUAAAGUGGCUAAGUUG